AUGGGUGAAAGAGCAAGUAAAUUCAAGUUUAGAGUUAUGAACAGUAAAAUAUUUGAAAUCAAAGCUGUUGAAGGCCGAGCGAAGAAAAUUCCCUUCCUGUCCGGCCGAAGGUAUAUCAAGGAGCCUGAAAUCGAUAGGGCUGAGGAUCGAGUUGGGGCUCGAGCUGAGGAUCGAGCCCAAGUGGAUGAGGAUUUGGACGAGCCUGAUUGCUACUACUUCGAGGAGUAUAAAGCUCCAAGGAUGAACCCCUUUGUUGUGGCUGCUCACAAGAGGAUUGGACUUCUCCAAAAGUUCAACAAGUGGCAAGGGAAAUCCAUGAAGAAGAUGCAAAAGUCCAUGGACAAGAUGGUGAGCAAAAUCAAGAGUUUGGAGAAGAAGUUGGCUGGUUCCUCAUCCAAACAAGGCACCAAUGACCUCCCCUUUCCCUAG